AUGAUCCUGAGUCCACACAACUUAAAUCCCCUCAAGCUUGCGCGGCGCUCGAUCGCCUGUAAACUCACACCACUGUUCGCGCAGCAAUGCCGCUUUCUAAAUCUAUACCUCACCGCAAAGUCAGGCGAUACGAACAAUUACAAAAUCAAGGACUUUGAGCGAUACCACGAUUAUGCCAAACCAGAGGACGUAAAAUUGGACAUAUGGAUGGAGAAGCCUUUGAAGCAUGAGAAGCGGACAACUCUGGCAGAUGUGUUGGAGAAUUAUCUCAAGUCCGGCACCCUUCUUACUCCUCUUAUCACCAAAGGUUCGAAAGUUGGCUCGGAUGGGCAGUACAUGUUGAAGGAGCUUGACAUUUCAAAAGAAAAGGGUCUUAAUAUUCUACCUAAAAAGCUCGUCGGUCUCAAAGGUCGUGGCGCCAAAGGAGUACAUUUCAAAACUAGCGUUCCAGCACAACAUUUCAUGAACACAAUGUUGAAAUCAUGGCACCAACUCCGCGUGAAGAAUAACAUGGAAUUCCAUAUCCAUCUGAAAAACAGCAUGGCGGAAAAGGACAGGACAAAAUUUGAUGCCGAGUUGAAUCAUCCAAAUGCGAUUCAUCUGCGGCCUGAUGUAUUGUUGAAAGCCAUGGGAGACACCGAGGUCGAAACCAUCAUAAGUCCUUGGGCUAAUCACAGAUCACAAUGUGCUUUCGUACUGGCUCCGCGUGGUGAAGUCGAUUUAUCUUCGAACCUGCAGAUGACAAAAAAAGCCAAUGACAUAGUCGUCAUGCGCAGGAAACAAACGCUGCUGGAGUUGGACGCUCAGGGAGCGGGCAUACCGAUGAAGUGGGAACGAAAGCGAAUCAAGGCAGAACAGAAAAAUUCGCCUGAAUACAAGACCCACGCCGAGAAGAGAAACGAGGCAUUUGCAAAGAUUAGGGCUACAGACCCAGCAAUCGAGCCGGUCAUUCGACGUCUAUCAGAAAAGCACACCCCAGCGUCGGUCCUGCUCUCGAUGGCCGACAACUAUCAGGCUCAACAACAGACACUCUCAAGACUGGGCCAAGAAGACCCUGAGCUAUUCAAAGUAGUUCGGAAGGCGGUCAAGCCACAAGACUCGCCCAUUGUAGUGAGAAAGAAGAUAAGUGAGGCUCAGGCGAAACUGAGGGAACCUGGCUUUCGGGAACAGUUUCUCUACAAGGAGGAAAGAUCGAAGGUUCUCCGCGAGAAGUGGGGGAAGAAGAAGGCCGAUGUAAUCUCUAAAGCUGCCUUGGUCAAGCGGGUUCAGUCGUCACCGAAUUCUGAGGGAGACUUUGAUGGUUGGUCGGAUUCACCAAGGAGGGAAAAUGGUGAAGUUCGGGUUCGAUUUGUUGGAAAGGGCGACUAG